CCCUGGAUGCAUUGGGAAUUCAAAUUAAUCCGGUUCCACAACCGAUAUAGGACACCAAAUCGGACCUGCUUGUAACGGGCGGCUUAGCAGUCCCACCGGCCACCACCCCUUACCAAUCGCAGCUGGCCUCCUUGUUGAUACUUGAUACAAAUGCUUUGAAUUGUCCGAUAGUUAUUGCCAUUUUCAUCUGACUCUGGAGAUCGCAGGGAGGGAAAGAGAUGGGUUUGCUCACUCACAGAGUAGAAAGGAGUGAGAUAGAAUCAGGUGACCAUAUCUACUCUUGGAGAACUGUUUUCGCCUACUCUCAUCAUGGAAUCUAUGUUGGUGGGAGUAAAGUUGUUCAUUUCACAUGUGAGCAAAAUAUUGUUUCUGGAGACCCAAUUCUCUUCUCUGUUCCCUUAAAUUGCUCGUCAGCUUCAAGUACAAAUGUGUCUUCAACCUGUACAAAUAUUCCCGAUUGUGGAUUUCAACAAAAGGAAAGUGGGGUGGUUCUCUCUUGCUUGGAUUGUUUCUUGGGUGAUGGGUUAUUGUACCGCUUUGACUAUGGAGCAAGCCCUUCAGUUUUUCUUACUAAACUUCGAGGUGGGACAUGCACCACUGCACAAUCUGAUCCUCCAGAGUCAGUGAUUCACAAAGCCAUGUACUUGCUUCAAAAUGGUUUUGGAAAUUAUGAUGUCUUCAAGAAUAACUGUGAAGAUUUUGCCUUAUACUGUAAAACAGGUCUUCUUGUUCUUGACCAAGGAGCUCCUGGAAGGAGUGGUCAAGCUGCCUCUGUUAUAGGUGCUCCUUUGGCAGCUAUUGCUUCGUCGCCUCUUAAGUUAUUCAUGACAAGUCCUGCUGGCUUAGUCGUAGCAACCGCUGGAAUGUAUUGUUUGACCAGGUAUGCAACUGACAUUGGUGUGAGGACUGAUGUUACUAAGGUGAAAGUGGAAGAGCUGUCUUCUUUCCAUAAUUGCAAAAGCUCGAAGAAACGCAUAAAUGAGAACCAUUGUGAUACAAGAGAGGUUACUCUCAAUCAAACAGAUACACCAGCUAAAAAGCGGCGACGAGGAAUUUGAAGGGCAUGUUUUACUUUUUCUUCAAGCUGAAAACUAUUUUGGCAGAAGAACGACAUGAAAAUGGAUUUUUGGGAUUAGUUUUUGUAAAUAGCUGCACUAGUCUUUCUCCAGCAAAAUGAUAUGUCCUGUUUAGUUGGUGACAUCUCCCUUAAUUUCCUAUCUAACCAUUCUUGCUGCAACUUUGUUGGCUGCUUGAGUAAUGAUCUGAUAAAUUAAGUUCUUUUUCUUUCAUAAAUUAUUAUAUAGUCAACACUUUUGGUUCA